AUGCAGGCAACCCCUCAGACUCAUAAAAACCCGCUGGACACAGCAGCAUGCGUCUUUACUCCAAGCAUGUCCAUGGAAAUUCUCUUUUGCAGAGCAGUUAAGGAUCCAGCUUGGUCAGAACAGAAGCACUUGGAGGAUAAAGCAGUGCAUCCGGCGGCUGGCUCCAGGUCUGGGCUGCCUCAGCCUGCUCGUCUGUUGACAGUGAUCUCCCAUGCUCAUGGAUCAAUUGGACUAACAGUUUAUACAUUGAAGACUGGAGAUAGGGUUACGUUUGGGGUAUUUGAGAGUAAAUUCAGAGUGGAAUACGAGCCUUUGGUUGUUUGUUCUUCCUGUUUGGACAUCUCUGGGAAAACUGUUUUAAAUCAAGCUGUAUUACAGCUCGGAGGACUCACUGCAAACAACUGGACAGAAGAAUGUACUCACCUUGCCAUGGCGUCAGUUAAAGUCACCAUUAAAACCAUAUGUGCACUCAUUUGUGGACGUCCAAUUGUAAAGCCAGAAUACUUUUCUGAAUUUCUCAAAGCUGUUGAGUCUAAGAAACAGCCUCCAGAACUUGAAAGUUUUUACCCGCCCAUUGACGAACCAACUAUUGGAAGUAGAAGUGUCGAUCUAUCAGAACGACAGGAAAGAAAACAAAUCUUCAGAGGGAAAACAUUUGUGUUUUUAAAUGCCAAACAGCAUAAGAAAUUAAGUUCUGCAGUUGUUUUUGGAGGAGGGGAAGCCAGACUGAUAGCAGAAGAAAAUGAAGAGGAAGAGAGUUUCUUUUCAGCUCCUGGAACUUGUGUUGUCGACAUAGGAAUAACAAAUACACAAAUCAUAAUUACUGACUCCCAGAAGAAAUGGAUUCAUUUGAUAAUGGAUGUGCUUCAAAGGCAUGGUCUUAGGCCUAUUCCUGAAGCAGAAAUUGGAUUGGCUGUUAUUUUUAUGACUACAAAGAAUUACUGUAAUCCUCAGGGCCAGCCUUGUACAGAGUUAAAAACAACAACUCCAGGACCAAGCCUUUCCCAAGGUUUGUCAGUCAAUGGAAAAAUAAUGCCAAGUGCUCCGGUGAAUAUGACAGCAUAUGUAGCCGACACGGAAUCAGAGCCAGCAGAUACAUGUAUGUCUUUGAGUGAAAGACCAAAAGAAAUAAAAAUCUCUGGAAUGGAACAAAACUUUAGAAAGCUUUCACAGGAAACUUACAGUAUACAGGAGGCCCCCAAAUCAAGCUCCAAAACAAAUAAUGUAGCAUCAAAUACCCUGGUUAGGGAAAAGAUCCCAGACUAUCAGCUUUCACCGGUGAACUGCCCUGCUGCUAAUAAAAAUAAAGAUUGGACUUCUCAGAAGCAGCAGAACUCCAUCAAAAACUACUUCCAGCCAUGCACCAAAAAAAGGGAAAGGGAUGAAGAAAAUCCAGAAAUGUCCUCAUCCAAAUCAUCAAGAAUGGAACUGUCUUGUUCUCUUUUAGAACAAACCCAGCCUGCUGCACCCUCACUGUGGAAAAGCAAGGGGCAUCCAUCUCAGAGUGAGCCUGUGGACAGGGAAGCAGACGCUUCAUUUGUGGGUGACACAGACAUCGAACCCAGGGGGAAGAGUCCUGCCAGCAGGUCAUUUUCCGUGGAAAAUUUUAGACCAAGAAAAAGAAAAGAAGUCGAUGUGGCCAUAGAAGAUGAAGUAUUAGAAGAGUUACUCAAGAGUGCAGAGCCAGAGCUGAAAGUUCAAGUGAAAGUUGAAAAGCAAGAGGCAGACGUCGGCAUCAGAAAGAAGCCAAGGAUGGACGUAGGAAGGAAUAGUCACCUUAGUGCUGACACAGUGCCAGAGAGCAACGGAAUAACUCAAGAAGAUGAAACAGGAAAGAAAGUUGAACUAAAGAGAGAGCUGCUGUGGUCAGCAAAAGAUGAAGCAGCUAAGAGUGAUGAACUUCCAGACAGCAGUGAGGAGCUUCCCAGAAGAGUGCUGCUGACUGAAUUUAGGUCCCUGGUGGUUAGUAACUCCGCUUCCAGAAGUCUGGGCCUGCUGAACGACUGUGGUCAACUGAAGAAUUUCAAGAAAUUCAAGAAGGUGAUGUUUCCUGGAGCAGGAAAGCUUCCCCUCAUCAUUGGAGGAUCCGAUCUAAUAGCUCAUCAUGCCCGAAAGAACACAGAGUUAGAAGAGUGGCUGAAACAUGAAAUGGAGGUACAAAGACAGCAAGCGAAAGAAGAGUCUCUUGCUGAUGAUCUGUUUAGAUAUAAUCCUAAUGUAAAAAGAAGAUAAUUGAACUUUGGAAAGGAAGCUAUAGAAACACACUUCGUAGCAAACAUUUACUUCAGGCCAACUGGGGUAUGUGAAUGUAAUACAUAGAAAUUACAAAUGCUUUAAGGCUUCAACUUAUUAAAUAAAGCAAAUAAACUCCA